ACUCGGCAAACGAUAGAUCAGUGUAGUCGCUUUUGUUCAGUGGUGAAGAGGUGCACAGUAGUAAAACACUCGCACAUUAUAUUAUUCAUAUUAUAUCGCAAUAUCGGCGAUAGAAUAUAAAUACUCCGCACUCAAGCACAAUCGACGCAUUCGAAAUGACGAGGAAACUUGUAGUCACGUGCCUGUUUUUGGUGGCGGCACAAGCCGCGUACGCACAUCCGACCGCCGAAGAUGCUCCUGCCGCCCCCGCAGCCGACGAGGCAGCCGGUCUGGAAAAAGUGUACAAGGUGAUGCAGGAUUGCUCCGAGAAGAACAUGGCCACCUGUUUGAAAAUGCGAGCUUUGCAGUACGUCGACCGGGCAUUGCGCAAGACCGACAGCAUCGAGGUGUUCGAUGGCAUUUCAUUGGUCAAGUCCGAAUCCGUUGAGUCCAGCCGAGGCUUGAACGGCCGAUCGCUCGCCGAAUCCGAGCUCGAAGAAGCACAGCCCAAGGACGAUGACGAGAAGGACGCCCAAGUCGAGAACCUCCUGUUGGACCGCGUCGCUCGUUUCCUAGAAAGCCACACCCUCCAACUCAAGGUCCCGGAAUCAUCCAUCUCCGGCAUCAGGAGAUCUCUCGAUGAAGCCCGUGGCAAGAAGAAGAAGCACCACCUUAAGAUGUUGAUGCCAUUGUUGAUGCUGUUGAAGAUGAAAGCCAUGGCCAUCGUCCCGUUGGCUAUUGGAGGUCUUGCCCUGCUCGCAUUCAAGGCUCUCGUCGUCGGCAAGAUCGCCCUCGUCUUGGCCGUCAUCAUGGGAAUCCAAAAGUUGUUGGCCAACAGCAAGAGCCAACAAUCGUACGAAGUAGUGUCUCACCCACACUACACCGAGGAACACGGACACGGACACAGCGGUGGAUACAGACGGUCCCUGGAAGGUGAAACCGCCCAAGACAUGGCGUACCGCGGUCAACACUGACGCAGCCACCGCCAAGCCGCUACCCCCUGUGAACCUUCACCCUUUGUAGCGGGAUCCCCGUAGAUGUAGUAUCACACCCUCGCUCCCCCAGCCAUCACCCAACGAGGCGAUAUUUAUUUGUAAAUAGUUCAAAAAAACAUUCCCCCCCAUAGGAACGACAUAAUUUAUUUUAAUAUUAAUUAGUAUUUUUUUUUUUAUAUACAUCCGAUCGUCUUCUAUACCGCGCAAUUCGCUUUUCCUUUCUACAUCUCAACCCCCAGACCACCACUCUAUACUCUACAUCGAUGACGUGUUUGUGCGCCUACGUUGCAAAAUAUCAUUUUGCUCUCAAGCUCAAAUUUAUAUAUGAUAUUAUUAUUAUACUUCGCGUAUAAUAUAUACUAUUAUAUUGUAUACGUAUCAUACACAUAGCUAGAGCGACACAGCGUCCGUUCAUCGCGCCCGCCACGUACAUAUAUAUAUACAUAUAUAAUUAUUAUUAUACGACAUCCGCACUCCGGAGGCGACUGUACACUUCGACGGCGGUCAAUAACGGGUUCUGCUUAAUCACUUCGGGACAAUGAUCGCACACAACACAUAACAACAACGUUUUACUACCAUAUACACAACCAUAUAAUAAUAUACGAUUAUUAUUUACCCCGGGCGGUCGGUUAAAAAUACAGAAGUUAACCUAGUGACACACACACACACGCAUGUCGUAUAUGUGUGGUGUGCGUGUGUGAGCGUGUGUGAGCCGCUCGUGUGACGAUAUAGGUCGGCCGGAGGAGAAGAAAAACAAGAAGAAGAAGAAUUAUUACAAAAAAAUAAUAAAUAACUAUUUCCGUAACUGGUUUUGUCUAUAAAACACGAAUAGAAAUUGUUAGAAAUCUAUUCUUUCUACUAUACCUAUAUUCAUCACGAUCACCACUACCACAACCAUCGCACUAUAGUAACCAUAACCACGAUUACACACCUGCGACUGCUGCGUUACAACUUUGACCUUAUCCACGAGACGACACCGACCGACGAAUGGAAGAAAUACCUCUAUAUAUACACGUUUGGGACUAGUAUUUUCUUCUUUCACGUCUAAUACCUAAUAACACACACAUACUUGCUAAAAAACUAGUACGAUGACUUACCACUUGGCUGCUGUAGCUCUUUCCGAUCUUUCAAACCAGUAAUAUAUACAUACCUAUUUUGCUGCUGGCCAAACACUUAAUGCUCUUUUCACUUGACCGGAAAUAUAAUUGUUGCUCACAAACCAUAAUACGUUGUUAUAUGAUUUAUUUUAUUUUAUAUUGUUGUACAUUGUGUCAUGUUUUUUAUAUCUUUUUUUAUUUUAAUACUUUUUGUGUGUACAUCGAAGACUACCUAUUUAUUACGUAUUUUAAUAAAACCGAUUUGUUUGUAAUAAAAAUUUACUUCUUUUUUUCUAAGCUCAGCUCUACACGACUUGACUCGACUUGACUGGACUAGACUCGACUUGACUUGACUGGAAUUCACUUGACUUGCCUCGAUUUAAUACUCGAUUUGACUUAACUA